AUGCUCCUCGUAGUUCUCAUCGCACUCUGUUUCUGCGCACUGCUCCGCUAUCUGGUUUGCCACAGCUCACUGUGUGAUGCCGUGCCAGGUCCAUGGAUCGCAUCGAACACCUCACUGUGGAUCCGGUGGCAACGGUGGAAUGGCUGCCUCUCGCUGGAAGCAGACAAACUCCUCGCCAAAUAUGGACCAAUUGUGAAGAUUGCCCCUGACAUUGUCCUCGUCAAUGAUCUGGAGGUUGCUGAGAAGAUGUUUUCUCGCAAGGAUCUGGAUACAUCACCACCAGCGAUCCGGGCCUUGCGUGUAGGUGGUCAUGAGUGGACCGUUACACAUCCCCAAUUUGAGAUUGCAAGACAGCGACGGCAUCCCACCAUGAUUGCCUCUACCACCAACAAUCUCAAGCUAAGGCAUCAGCUCUUCUCUGACAACAUCGACAGUUUGAUCCGGGAUAUUGGUAGUUUCGAUGGGCCACGAUCAGAAGACAUCGUUCGCCAUCUGCGGAUCUGUCUCCUUAAAAACUCACUCCCCUUGAUGGGCGGUUCUGGAAUCGAGCUCGAUUCGGAGAGCUUCCCUCACGUGGUCGGCGAAUACAACUUCCUCGUGGUCUGGCGUCUCUGUCUCCCAGAAUGGACUUUCAGCUGGCUGAAGUUUAGUCCGUUCCCGCACGCAAGUUUCCGUGUCAACUCCAGCGAUGCAUUAUUUCACCUCGGAGCCAAGAUUUGUCAGCAAGCCGAGAAAAGUCGAGCUGUCAAUGCAUCGGACAACGCUCCGAACGUCUAUAGCAUGUUCCUCGACCCGGAAGCCAAAUAUCCCUGUCAAUCUUGGACCGAAGAUGAGAUAAGCGCCGAACUGGCAGGUCAGAUCCUCGCGGCGACUGAGACGACUACUUCGGCGCUUGCGUACAUAUACUACGAACUGGCCAAGAAUCACGAUCUACUGGAGGAGCUAUACGAGGAACUCCGUACAGUGGACGAGGAUCAUGAUCUCUCCUCCUUGAAGUUACUCGACGCGUGCAUAAGAGAGGGACUUCGGUUCCGGCCUCCUGUAGCCCUCACCGGAAGUCGUCUGGUGCCGCCUGGAGGCCUCGAUGUGCUCGGAUAUCACCUUGAAGAAGGCACAGUUGUCACAACACAGUCACUCUCGCUGAGCCGGCAACGCAAGGACUUGUUUCCUGACUACGACUGCUACAAUCCUAAAAGAUGGUUGGAGGAAGAGAGGAGUGCCGAGCGACGACGUCUUCUGGCACCGUUUGGAGUCGGAGCACGCAGAUGUCCUGGAGCAAAUAUGGCGAUAUAUCAGAUGCUUUUGAUCCUUCACAAGACUAUUCGGGCGUUCAGAGUUGAGGUUGCUCCUGAGACGACGCCGGACAAAAUGGCUCCGUUCGAAGCUAAUGGGCAUCGUUCUCGGCAUGAUAGGUGCGAUUUGAUUCUCGUUCCAAGAGCGAGUGUCAUGAAUGGGUAG